AUGGUCCGUGCUGCAGUGGAGGCCGCGGUCAGCGCCACGGUCACGGCGCUCUUGCAGCAGUCGCCAGUGCAGGCAAGGCCGCAAGAGCGACCUCGGCCCUCGGUGGCGCCGGUGCUGGCUGGCGACGCCCCGAGGCCAUUGAUGCCGCCGCCGGGGGACUUGCGGGCGCGGAGCCCUGGUCGAGGUGGCGACCCUCCGCUAGCCCUGGAGGACCAGCUGGGCAAGAAGCACAAGGUGGACAAGGAGCAGGUCUCGGUCAACGUCGAGGACGAGGCCUGCUUCAACGCCGCCGACCACGUGGCAGAGUGCGGGGCCGACCUUUUUCAGGAGCCGCUCUCGCUCCAGUUCUCCGAGGGCCGUGGACUGAAGAACGAGGUUAUCAGGGUCAACGGCAAGGGCGACGUGCUUCCCCCAGUGCCGAGCUUUCCGAAGUUGGCGGAGGACGACGACGACGACUUCAAGAACGGCAUCAAGAAGAUCAACGGCAAGGGUGUGGACGUGGGGCUCCCAACCCCUGCUGUACCUGGAGGUUGUGGUGUCUUCGCGAUCCACGGCGACGACGACGACCAGGACUUCCACAAGGGCGGCGAGUGCGAGAACUUGGAUGGCUGGCAUCGCUGGCACCUUGAGGAGGAUCCAGAAGAGGAGGACGCCUUCAGCAUCGUGCGCAAGAUGAAUCAGGAGGUGUUCGACAAGACGGAGAGGGUCAGUGCAGAGCGGCGCGCGCUCGUGCGGCUCAGCUCCGACGAGGUGAUCGGGGUCAUCAACGGCAAGGGCGCCGUGCUGCUCCCGUCGCCGAGCGAGGACGAGGUGAUCGGGGUCAACGGCAAGGGCGCCAGGCUGCUCCCAGUGCCGAGCUUUCCGAAGUUGGCGGAGAACGACGACUUCAAGAACGGCAUCGGCAAGGAGAAGAAGGUUGAGAAGGAGAAGGGCUUGGGUUUGCCGCCCGAGGUCGGCAGCGGCAGCGUGACGGAGGGCACGAAGCAGGACUCGGCCGUGGGCUUCAAGAACGGCAGCGAGAAAAAUGACGUCAGGGUGCAGAGGGCUCUGGCGAUCCUGAAGGACCUCCUCGACAUGCUCGCCAUGCAUGGCGAGGACGAGGAGUUCGAGAAGGUGAUAUCCAAGGAGGCCUUCAAGUGGGUGCAGGUGUGCGAGCAUCUCGGCGUGGACCUCACCGAGGAGGGCUUCAAGAAGAUCGGG